UACUACUACUACUACUACUACUACUACUACUACUACUGCCGUUGCUGCUGCUGCUGCCACUGCAGCCCUUCUCCACCUUGUUCUACUCAUACACCGUUUUCAAAAUACAGAAAAUAUUAACAAGUCCAGCAGGACCACGACUUCUACUCAUCUACCCCUCUCCAUUGCUUUCACAUAGACUACACAUAGUCAGUCAAAGCGUACACACUGCUACCAACUCUUUUCACUGGACUUUUCUACCGAGAAGAAGUUGGACUUUUUGCAGAUUUCGAUUUUAAUGAUCGCUUCGACGAAUAAACGAAACACACACUUCAUCUAGUUGUUUGCUACUUUCUGAAGAUUUUUCGUACUAAUCGUUGCUAAUUCAAGGAUUUGAACGUAUUUUCCUACAGUUUCAAAAGCAUCUCAUAGUAUCAGCUGUAAAGGAUAAUUAAGAAAGCUAUUUUGUGUGCAAGACAAUAUAUGUAAGGAAAACGAUAUAUGUAAGGAAGAAUAUAUGAAGUAUAAAGCUUCAUUCUGCUGACAUUUCCAGUCAUAAGCGAUAUUAUUACACACGAGAAACAUUUCCUUAAGGACAUCAAGACGUUAAUUUCGCUUCAUUUGAAUAAAAAGCAAAACAGAUACUAAACCAGUUCCCACAAUGGCGAUAUAUUUGACAGCAUGUGUAACAUAUAUACUUUUAUUUCUUGAAGUUAUUCACGGCAACAGUGAGAUUGAACGCAGCAAUAACAGCGCAGAUUUUCAUGGAGUUCAUGCUGCCAAGCUGGAAGACACACAAAGGCUACAUCGAGAUUUAUUUCACCGUUACAACACCAUGGUACGCCCGAUCCAGGAUCAAGACAAACCUGUUACAAUAAAUAUGGAUUUAUAUCUUAUGAGUAUUACGUCACUGGACGAGAAAGAACAGACGAUGAGAAUCAUGGGAUAUUUACAUCUGGAUUGGACAGACCACCAACUAAAAUGGGCACCUGACCGUUACGGUGGAUUGAAACAUCUCGUCUUACCAACAGAUAAAGUUUGGACUCCACAACUUCUUUUAGGCAAUUCAGCCAGCAACUUCAAGGAUUUAACGAAAGAAAAGUUGCAACUAAAGGUUUAUUGGAACGGCGAAGUAGAGUGGUCCCCAGGUGGACAAAUGACUGUCUCCUGUAGACUUAAUAUCACUAGUUUCCCAUUUGAUCGCCAGACUUGCAGUAUAGUGUUUGGGUCUUGGACAGAAGAUGCAAAUGCGAUUGUCUUCAAGCCACGCAGUGAAAAGAUAGAAUUUGACCAUUACGUUGAAAACAAUGAAUGGGAAAUUGAAAGCACAAUGACAGGCAAUUUAAAAGUCAACCAUCAAUCGAGAGAAAGUGAGAAAACCUACAGUAAUGCUGUUUUCUCGAUAAAACUAAAGAGACGGCGUACAUUCCACAUAGUGUCUACCUACAUCCCGUUCGUACUUCUAGCAUUGCUUAAUCUAGCUGCUCAUGUUGUUCCAGUCAUGUCAGGCGAGAAACUUAUGCUAGCAACGACCACUUUGCUAGCAUAUGCAGUACUUCUAAACGACAUCAAUCGAAAGAUUCCAGGCAACUCCGCCACCACAUCAGUUCUUGAUUGGUCUUUCUGGACAUCACAAGGUGUAUGCCUUACAAUGUUCCUGGUUAUCAGUACAGCCACUGUGUGGAUAUCAGCUAUCCAGCUGCGCAUCAUGCAUUCGAAAUCAUCAUUUCCAAGUAGCUUCAGUAAGUCUGGUCUGAGUACAAGCAGUUUCAACGACGAAACCAGUCUAACAGUGCCAUUAGACGCAACACUUAGUACUGGAGCCAGUUGCUCAGGGACCGCAGGCACCAGUGCAGACAAGCUCGAGAGCUAUGUCAUGGUAGACUACCUUCGGCAUCAACAAAGUAGUUCGGGUGAAGAAGGGUGUGCCGGUGGAAUUCCCCCUGCUGGUAUGGAGAACUUCAUUAAUGCCAUUGUAUCGCAACGUGAACAGAGGAAAUUCCAGCAUCGAAGAUUAGAAGGGAAACGUCGUAAAUUUUUCCUAUCCAAAAAUCUCGGAUGUUGGUUUUCCCUCAUUGCUACUCUGCUGACUAUACUGACGGCACUUGCACCACUUUUUGUCAUCACCUAAAACAAAAUUCAUAAGCUUGAUGCGCCGACAAUGGCGACACAAAUGUGAAAGAAAAAUUAACAGCAAUAAACCCAUAAACAUAAGAGACAAUAUUGAAUACAAAAUACUUAACAACAAUUCAUACAAUAAGAUAAAUUCCAUGAUUUACUUUAUAAAACACAAUGAAAAUAAAACAUUUCCGAAGAGAAUAAAAACACGAUAAACAAUGUGGUAAAAUAUUAAACUGCCUAAACACACAAAGGGAAAAACUAUAAUCUGAGAAAGAGACCAAGUUUAAGAAUGCCUUCAUUGAAAUAAACUACUGCUUUUGAAAGGACUGUCGAUAAAAAAUAUUCCCUUUGUAUGAUAAAAACAACAAAGAGAAAAAAACGUGAACAAUAGGAAUGGAAAGGGGAAAUUCAUAGAAGGGUUUAGUGUCAUAAUGUUAUACAUAGUUUGUCAGAAUCGGACUCAUACCAAUUAAUGGAACGGUUUACAAGUUGUAAAUGUAAAAAUUAUUUUCUCUUGUUUAAUUCCAUAAUUUCCCAGAUUCAAAAAUAUGAUAUUCUUCUAUGUCUGGUGUAAAAUAUAAUAGAGGUAAUUUCGUUUUUGAUUUCUAUUUACAUCUCUCAAAUACAUUUCCAAACAAAAAACGUGAAAAAUAAUUGACAAAUUGAUUUUAUAAAACAAUAGGCAUUUAUCUUCAACUUGGAAACGGGACGAGUUUAAAGUAAAUUAAAGUAAGAACAAAUAUAUACACAAAUUGAUAACGUGCAUACAUAUACUGAUGAAUAUUUAUAUGUACACGGGAAUUUGUGCACAUAAAUACGUAUUUACACAUAAAGCAAGCAACCUAAGUAGAGCACAUAGGGUUUGAGUACUUCAAUAAGUUUAUUUAUGCAUGUAUGUGUAUACAUUAUAUACAAAUAUACUCAUAAUUACAA